AUGGCCCCGGAGCAGUCUUCCAAAGGAGGAAAAGAAACCAUUUCACGCAGCAAAUCAAGAAGUUUUGGACGUGACUCCCGGACUUCUCUCUCGCCUUCAACCUUUCAGAACCUCAGUCUAUCCUCCAGAACCCCUCCGUCACAUGCCGUCUUGCCGUCUUCCCAGCAGGGAUCUCCGGUAAUGACAUCCGCGUAUCUUUCGCAAACGACUACAGAAGCCUCACAGAGCCAACAACAUCAACCUCAUUUUCACAUGAUGGCAGCAAGGAUUGCGGCAAAUUCUCCCUGUCAGUUCGAAACUGAAUUUGUUGCGGAACCUUGCUAUGGAAGUUUUUACGAGAAUUGUUCGUCUGCGACAAACCAGCUAACGGCGAACGAGGCAGACCACUUCCGUUACGAAGUAACACCAUUUCCAACCAAUUACGACCAAGCUUGCUAUGGCUUUCCUUCUCGCUCUGAUUUAUUAGAGUACGGAUCCGGGAAUCUUCCUAUGUAUUCAGGACAGAGUUAUGACGAUGGCGUACCGGUGACUAUGGCCCAGUGCUCUGAGGCUAUGGACCCUGGAACUGCAUCGUUAGCAAGCUCACGUCCAUACGACUCCUCCGAUCUUUCUCUACAGCAGCUUCACUUCCAUCCGGGCCAUUCGCACUUUUCAACUGGAUCCUCCAUCUCCAGAGCUCGAUUCCAUCAGAGUCCGCACGCCCACUUGAGACAAAGCUCACUGCUCACGAAUCCCAUUACCGCCGAUACAUGCUCCAGAACGGUCUCCCCGAACCCUUCAUUGUCGUCUAAUAUUCCCCACAGCCUUGCAAGUCAAUACCCUUCGACCUUAUCAUCUGUUCCUGUCGUCCCUUCUACCCAAUCCGAUGAAUCUCUUUUCCCGGCUCAAACUACCCGGUCGCCUCAUCGAUUCUUCAACACCAGUUCCUACCAUGUCCGAUCCCUCCACUGGAACAGGUAUCCAAGUCCGCGUCGUGAACUCCAGGACGAAAACCACAAUGCUGGGACCACGGAUGUAAUGGCCGAGAAUUCUCCACCUUUAGCAACCUCCUCCGACAUCAGCGAGAGAAGGCAGGUCUUGCAGCAAAGUCUGAAUGUCCCUACUGUGGGACCGUUUUCACGAGAACCACGGCACGAAACGGCCAUCUUACGCAAGGGAAGUGUAAGGUUAAACGACAAAUGGAGGAGGAGCAGGGAGGCAUGGGUCCUUCAGGCUGAGGCGACUACGGAGUUCUGUCUAAAUGGGGGCUGUCUACUGAGUUUCUAUGCAUGCUUGCGCCAUUUGCGGAGUCCCGGCAUUAUGCGACCAUUUCCUGGCGUUUUUAUUUUGUUUCGAUUCAAGCAUUUACCCAAAUCAGCCCUUUCGUUCAUUAGUGUAUAA